GUGGACAUCCUCCAAAGGCUGGGGCUCAAGGGAGAGAAACCGUCACGUUCCAUCCGUCCGGGGAUCAUUCCGUUCCGAUCGGGGGUCUUCCUCACCCAGCAGGCGCGUGUGGAGGCCCCUGCCCGCUCAGUCAUACCACUGCCCUACUGGCCCGACCUGGCGCUUCUCCUGAGUGUGCGUUCCCACCGUGUCAACAACGCCUUCCUCUUCAACGUGCUCUCCGGCCGCGGCCGGCUCCUGUUGGGCCUGCAGCUGUCCCCAGGGCAGCUGGUCCUCCACACAGGGCCCAAGAACGCCGUCCCAUUCCACUACGACCUCCACGAUGGCCAGUGGCACCACCUGGCUCUGGACAUCCGUGGGCGGAGGGUGACUCUGUACUCUGCCUGCGGAAAGCAGAGCGUUCACGCAGACUUGACUUCGGCAGACAGAGAAGGCCUGGACCCUGAGAGUUCCUUCCUGCUCGGGAAGAUGGGCCAGGGCUCGGUGCAGUUCGAGGGUGCCAUUUGCCAGUUUGACCUGAUCCCCUCCUCCCAGGCAGCUCACAACUACUGCAGGUACAUUAAGAAACAGUGCAGGGAGGCUGACACCUACAGGCCAAACAUAGCGCACCUCCUGCCCCUCUUAACCCGAGACCCCAACAUCACGGCCAGCCUGGCUCCGCUUACCCCCCCAGCUCCCUCCGAGCUGAGCAGGAAGCCCAUGGGCAUGAACCUGGCAAGGAGCGCCACUGCAGCUGCCUCCGCUGUUAGGUAUGUGCUGCCGGCCAUCCUGCUAAAGCCCACCCAUAGGACCACUCCCCUGCCCGGUACUGUGAUGCUGCUCACGACACGGCCUGGGCUAGCCUUCCCGACCAAGGAUCAGACAGAGACCGUUACAGCACCACUCAGGAAUGGAGUCGCCCCUCCCUCCUCCCCCAAAACCUCCACCAUCACUCAGAAAUCCCCCAAGCCCACCCAUUUCAAGCCCACCAAUGUCAAGCCCACCCCUGUUAAGCCUGACAAUUUCAAGCCCACCCCUGUCAAGCCCACCCCUGACAAGCCCAUCUAUGCCAAGCCCAUCCUUGCCAAGCCCACCCCUCGCAGCGGCAGCAGCCCCAAGAAGACCACAGAGGGGCUUGAGGCAAAGAAGAAACCCUCUGUCACUGCAGCCGCUAAGCCUACCAAGAAGAAGCCAGACUCUGCCCUUCUAGCCCAUGGGGCAGUCAGCCCCGGGCCAAAGAAACCACCACAGAAACCGCAGCCUACAGCAGCCAAAAAGACAACAGCCCAGCAUAAAGUCACAGCCACUCGCCAAUUCAAAGCCACCAAUGCACCUGCCAAUCCAAAGAUAUCCAAAGCCACCAAUGCACUUGUCACCCAACGGCCCACCAAACCCACCUAUGCCCCCUUUACCCUCCCCACCACGGGCUGGUUGCAGACGUACGAUGUGGAACCGACCCAUUUUUCUCUACUAUUGCCAGGACCCCAAGGGCUAAAGGGUGAACCAGGCCUUGUGGUAAGAGCCUCUUAAUACUCUCUUCUACCGACUGUGUCAAGUCUUAAUGUUAUGCAUACUGUCAACGUAUUUGUGUGUUGGUUGGGUUGGGGUGGGUGUCAGGGGGUGGAAUGUGUAUGGAUGGGAUCAAAUUCUACUCAAGAGUUCUGUGUGUAUGCGGGGGGGGGGGGGGGGUGCAUAAGAGAUUGUAAUUAGUGCAAGAAAGCAGUGUACAUAUGUGUGUGCGUGAGUGUUUAUGUGCGAGGUGGAGGUGUGUGGCAGGUUGAGUUAUUUAACUCUCUGGAGUGGUGAAAGUGGAGCAUAUGUGAGCCCCCUCUCCCUCAUCCUACUACCCCUCUCCCAGACUCUAUUCCAGUCUGAUUACAGACCUCUACCCCUCCAACCAGCCUCACUGGGAACAAUCAUCGAGGCUCAG